GAACGUUGGCAUGAUGGAUAACUACAAAAAGAGGAGAGACACACCAGAAAAGAAAAGAAAAGAAACCAAAGAGCAUAAGCCUGCCAUUAAAGAGGACGAGAUAAAACCAUGGGAGGAUACGAACAAGCAUACACCUAGCACAUCACCGAGGAAAGCUGACAGUCUAAAAGAGAAUCGUGCUAAAGAGCAGCAGCACGGGGAGCGAGGUUCACCAAGAAAAGAAGACCCCAAAAAACUGCAAGAAACCCCAAAAAGAGCGAUUCCCCCAGAGCGGAAGAACAUCAGCAGACGCGAAGAAAAGGUUCCUGUAGAGUCGCCACGCAAGAAGAACACUGACAAUGAGGAGAAAUACUAUGGCUACGAAGAAACACCAGUUAAGAAUAAUAAACAAGAACCUGGUAAUCCGACAUUAACGCCAAAAGUUGAUAAAGGGAACAUUAAAAAUACAGAUUAUAAAGAUAAUAAACAAGAACCUGGUAAUAAAGAUCUGAUUUUAACGCCAAAGGUUGAGAAAAGGAACAUUAAAAAUAAAGAUUAUAAUGACAAGAAACAAGAAACUCCCAUUGAAAAGAAAGAUCCUUACGAAGAAUGGGUGAGAGGGAAGAACAAAGACAUUGAAAAGAAACAAGACCCAUAUGAUUACAGAAAAAAGGAAGAAGGCAAAGGGAAAACAACCGAGCGCCGAAGAGGGAGGAUCCAUACAGAUACCGGCCCAGAGAUAAUUCCAAACAACAAAAUCAGCGCAAAGAUCCAAGUGACAGUAAGCCGCAGGAGCCGAGAAAGGAAGUGCCUGAUGUACGAGACAGAGAGGUAA